CCACCAUCAAAGCCUGCUCGAACGUACCAAGAGAAAGUCAACGAUGUCUUGACCCAUCUUAAAACCAGGUCGACCGUUGAGGAAGAGAAGUUGAUCAAUGUUCUCAGAGAUAGGCGGCAGUUGAGAAAGAAGUUUCCAGAAGCUGAAAAUUUACUUGGCCAGGUAAUAAUGUGUUGUAGUUUGCCAGAUAAAGAUGUGACAUUUGUUUCCAGGUUAUGCUGCUACAGCUUGUGAGGUUGACCCAGUGCUUCAGUUUCAUUACCCCAGCAGGCAAAUAAAAGAAGCCGUCUGGCUGCUCAGUUAAUGAGAGUAAUUUUAGCUCAAUUGACGCAUGCAAAUGAACAUUUUGUCAAGUCUUUUUGUGUUUAAACCAGAAAAAACCGGCCAAACAUGGCAGUGACAGUGCUGAGCUUCCCAACCACUAAAGUUACCUGUCUACAUAUGCAUUUAAUAAGAAUUCCAAUCAGUAAUAACUUCUGGUAAUUUUAUUUUACUCGCCUAUUGAACACAGCCUUACAACCAUACAUGCAUACAUACCCAGAGAGUUAUUAUUUGUGAUAUCAAUUUUUAACUAUCGAAGGAAAAAUAUGCUAGAUCAUAAUUAUUUGAUUGAUUCAGUUCUUGACAUGUUUGCUUACCAUGUUUCAGAUUCAGCGACGCUACAAUGCUGUCCGCUUGCAUUCAUUGAAAGAUGCUAAAGAGGCCUGA